UCCACAAGAUUGAGAGCCCCAGUGGAAAUCCUACAGAUCGGCAAAGCCCAGAUGCUUUUGAAACAGAAGUGGCUGCCCAACUGGCUGCAUUUAAACCAGUUGGUGGGGAAAUUGAAGUGACGCCCUCUGCUCUGAAACUAGGCACUCCACUGCUGGUGAGAAGAAGCAGUGACCCAGUCCCCAGCCCACCUGCUGACGCCCAGCCAAGCACUUCACACCCUGGUGGCCAGAGCGUAAAACCUGUUGUUCCAGAUUCCACGCAGAACUUGGAAGACAGAGAAGUCAUGAACGGUGUGCAGACAGAACUACAAACCUCGCCCAAACCCAAGGACACACUGAGUGAUAUGACAAGAACUGUGGAGAUUUCAGGGGAAGCAGGGCCGUUGGGAAUACAUGUAGUGCCCUUCUUUUCAUCUCUGAGUGGAAGGAUUCUAGGACUGUUCAUCAGAGGCAUUGAAGAAAACAGCAGGUCCAAGCGGGAGGGACUAUUUCAUGAAAAUGAAUGUAUCGUAAAAAUCAACAAUGUGGAUCUCGUAGACAAAACCUUUGCUCAGGCUCAAGAUGUCUUUCGUCAGGCGAUGAAGUCCCCAAGUGUGGUCCUCCAUGUGCUUCCACCUCAGAACCGUGAACAGUAUGAAAAAUCGGUCAUUGGGCCUCUUAACAUUUUUGGUAACAGUGAUGGCGUUUUGAAAACAAAGAUGCCACUUCAUGUCCAUGGAAAAUCUGGAGGAAAGACAGUUAAUCUUGCAGGGACGAACAGUCCUGAAGCAGACGCAUCAACUUCCCUGACUCAAAACAAGAGUCCCCGAGUCCCAAGACUUGGAAGAAAACUGUCCUCUCCCCCACUCUCCCCUCUCAUGGGAUUUGGCAGCAAGAAAAAUGCAAAGAAGAUUAAGAUUGACCUAAAGAAAGGCCCUGAAGGACUGGGUUUCACUGUGGUUACAAGAGACUCUUCCAUACAUGGUCCUGGUCCCAUUUUUGUAAAAAACAUUUUGCCAAAAGGAGCAGCAGUAAAAGAUGGGCGCCUGCAAUCGGGGGACAGAAUUUUGGAGGUAAAUGGGAGAGAUGUCACCGGGAGAACUCAGGAAGAGCUUGUGGCCAUGCUCAGGAGCACCAAGCAGGGAGAGACGGCAUCACUGGUCAUUGCCCGCCAAGAAGGAAAUUUUCUGCCCCGAGAGCUGAAAGGAGAACCUGACUGCUAUGCGCUCUCCCUGGAGACAACCGAGCAACUCACCUUUGAGAUUCCCCUGAAUGAUUCAGGUUCUGCUGGCCUUGGGGUGAGCUUGAAAGGCAACAAGUCUCGGGAAACCAGAACAGACUUGGGAAUUUUCAUCAAAUCCAUCAUCCACGGAGGUGCUGCUUUUAAGGAUGGUCGCCUGCGGAUGAACGACCAGCUGAUUGCAGUUAAUGGGGAAUCACUUUUGGGAAAGUCUAACCAUGAAGCUAUGGAAACGCUCAGACGAUCCAUGUCCAUGGAGGGAAAUAUUCGAGGGAUGAUCCAGUUAGUGAUUCUGAGGAGGCCGGAGAGACCAACCGAGGAGCCUGCAGAGUGUGGGGCAUUUUCCAAGCCGUGCUUUGAGAACUGUCAAAACUCUGUAACCACCUCCAGGCGAAAUGAUAAUAGUACCCUGCAUCCACUUGGCACUUACAGUCCACAAGACAAACAGAAAGACCUAGUGCUUCCCACUGACGGAUGGGCUGAGAGCGAAGGACCACCUUCCCCACCACAUCCUGGUCUGGAAUUGGGCCUCGAAGAUUACAGCCACAGCUCUGGGGUGGAUUCAGCAGUAUUUUUUCCAGAUCAGCACAUCAACUUCAGAUCUGUGACACCGGCCAGGCAGCCUGAAUCAAUUAAUCUGAAAGCCUCGAAGAGCAUGGACCUGGUGCCAGAUGAAAGCAAAGUUCAUUCAUUGGCUAGACACGAAUCGGAAUCACCAGGCAAAGAUUUUGGUCCAACUCUGGGUUUGAAAAAGUCCAGUUCCUUGGAGAGCCUGCAGACUGCCGUGGCCGAGGUCCGAAAGAACGAACUUCCCUUUCACAGGCCCCGGCCACACAUGGUUCGAGGCCGAGGCUGCAAUGAGAGCUUCAGAGCUGCCAUAGACAAAUCUUACGAUGGGCCUGAGGAAUUAGAGGCUGACGGGCUGUCUGAUAAGAGCUCUCACUCUGGCCACGGAGCUCUGAAUUGCGAAUCUGCCCCUCAGGGGAACCCUGAGCUAGAGGACACGGAAAAUAAAGCCAGGAAAGUCAAAAAAACGAAAGAGAAGGAGAAGAAAAAGGAAAAGGGCAAGUUGAAAGUCAAGGAGAAAAAGCACAAAGAGGACAACGAAGACCCGGAAAGGAAAAUGAAGAGGAGGGGAUUUGGCGCCAUGCUGAGAGGCAGAAGAGCCCUCUUGGGCAGCUCCUCAAGCUUCGGUGAUGACAGGACACUGCACGAGUCUGUUGUCAAAGAAAGGCCAAUGCUUAGUGGCGACACGGGCAGCGCCUGCCCUCCGUGGUUCCAAGGUGUUAUGUGGAUAAAUGCAGUGUCUCCUCAGCCCAGGGAAUGGGAGAGGCGAGGGAGUCCUAAAUGUUACCUGUAG